AUGAACGAUAUAAUAAAGGGAAAUUUGAUAGUUCGGCAAACAUUUAUGUCAUAACGCGUUUCAAACAAUCUGUCCCUGCCGCUUUCCGUAGACAAGUUAGCCUUUCGUAUCCUGAGCGGCACAGUAUGACGUCCAAUGUGGAGGGAGGUCAGGAGACAACAGCCAAUAAGAAGAAUUGUAAAGGAGGCUGUGUGUCUGUACAGACGGUAAUUCGGCAGGAGAGGAUAGAGCAAACAUCUCCAGUGAAGCACUGAAUUGUGUAUGUGCAACAUGCUCGGGAUCCAGAACGCCUUUUCUUCUUUUCGUUUGCUCUGUUCUGCUGUUGGUGGUGUGCAUGAUGCUUUCAGGAGAAUGUUUUACGCUGUAAGGACUGGCCGUAAGCCUGGAGUCUAUAAUACAUGGGAUGAAUGUAAAGAGCAAGUGGAUCGAUUUCCUUUAGCAAGGUACAAGAAGUUUGGCUCAGAGAAAGAUGCAUGGGAAUUUGUGAGGAAAGAGAGUGGUGAAACAAAGGCACCUCCUACACAAGCUACAAAUGCUGCAGGACUGCAUUCUGUAAUGCCUCAGUCCAAAGGAAAGCGAACACUUAAUCAAGCACAGAGCUCAAGCACUGCAAAAGCAUCCUCACCUAAAAGAACCAAGCUCAUUGAUCUCACUGAUUUACCAUCAUCACAUAAUGGAGCAUUUACCUACAUGGGAGACUCUGCUGUUGUAUAUACUGAUGGCUGCUGUAGCCGGAAUGGCCGGCUAAAAGCACAAGCUGGUAUAGGAGUAUACUGGGGGCCAGGCCAUCCUCUCAAUCUUGCAGAAAGGCUUGAAGGGAGGCAAACAAACCAGCGGGCUGAAAUUCAGGCCGCAUGCAGAGCACUUGAACAGGCCCAAGCAAAGAACAUCACAAAACUCGUGCUGUAUACUGACAGCAUGUUCACUAUAAAUGGUAUCACAAAAUGGAUCCAUUCUUGGAAACGAAAGGGCUGGAAACUAAGCAAUGGGCAGAAUGUUAUUAAUAGAGAAGAUUUUGAAAAGCUUGACAAGCUGACACGGGGCUUGGAUAUAAAUUGGAUGCACAUUCCAGGCCACGCUGGCUUUGAGGGAAAUGAAGCAGCAGACAAACUUUCACGAGAAGGAGCCCAGAAAUCAUCCGACCAAUAACUGCUGCUCCACUUGCACUCAUCAUGUACAGAAACAAUGGACUUGGUGCUUCCUAGAAAGCUUUUUUUUUUUUGUUUUUUUUUAAUCUGUAGAACAUGAGUUUUUAUUUAUAUGCAUAAUUGGUAAAUUUUAUGUAAAAAAUAAAUAAUACUGAUUUAUUCAA